AUGGCAAAUUGUCAGGGACCUCCAUAUGAAGUAGUAACAUCAACAUCACUGCCGUACCCCAGCCCCCCACUGGACCCAAACUCUGGAGUUAUCCAAUUGCAGCCUGUUACAGUUUUCUCUAUCAGCCAACCGCCGCCUCAGAUCAUACAGACUGUGAGCCAGACAGUGGAGAUACAAGAACUACCUGCUGAUGUCCCAGGACGGAUGGUUUGUCCUCAUUGCCAGAGGACUGUUAUGACUGAAACCAAGCACAAAAACGGCUUUCUCGCCUGGAUGAUGUGUCUCGCGCUAGCACCUACCCUGCUCUGCUGUUGGAUCGCCCUGUGCAUCAAAGCAUUUAAAGACGUGGAGCACUCCUGCCCCAACUGUAACAAAGUCAUACAUAUCCACAAAGAAGGAUAGCAAAAUCGGGCUCAUGGGGUAUAAUCAGUGUGAAUAACGAGGGGUCUAAGUGGGGUCUGAGACCCCUUUAUUGACAUG